AUGGAGAAAUGCUAUGCCUCCGUUCCAAGGAGGAGGCAUGAGUGCACGGAGGUAUUUGUCCAUACCUCCGUCCACUUGGACGGAGGCAUGGACAAAUGCCUCCGUCCCUCUGUCCAAUUGGAUGGAGGCAUGUCGAGUGAACGGAUUCAUGUAUUACCUCCAGCGGAGCCCUCACAUUCCAUUCCACAAAAAAAUCAGCCAAAAAAUUGGGACCAGGAUUCGAAUUCGGGCUCGGGGUACAUUCGGAUUCAUUCGAGACCUGGUAGAGAUCAUUAUCAGAAAAUUCUUCAUUCUGCGGCAAUAAUUUCCACGUCGAAUCGGAUCCCGCUUCCUUUUGGACUUCUUGACUUGCACGGAGCCGGAGAAAAUAGAGAGAGUGUUUGGGGUCCAUCGAGAUAUAAGGUCUCUGAUAUGCUCAAGAAAGGGGCUAAAAUGGGGAUGCCCAUUUGCAGGACUUGGGCUUUCAGUGAUGGUGCUCGACCCAAUGAUCUUCAGACUCAACCUGGUGUUUCUGAAAGCGCCGGCCUAGGCCUCCGCUGCCCACUUCCACCUCCACCGUCAGUUCCGCCACUAGUUUCUGGGCCACCCAGAUCAGUCUUGGCCACUAUUGCCAUAGGCUCUGCUACAACAGACCAGUUCACAAUAUCCGAUGAUUCUCCAACGAGUUCUUUGGAGGACGGUGGAUGGACGGCAGCUUUAUCUUCUCUUGGGGAAGACCCAUGA